UAUAUUCGUUCCUCCUUCGAAAGACACAAUCCCUUUAUCCUUGCAAAGAAAGUAGAGUCCGAACAGAGCAAGUGCACAUUUUACAAUUGACAAUUAAUUAAGCAUGCCAAUUGUAAUCGCUGCAUCUGCAAACCUUUCCCCUCUAUUUUCUGGACACAAAUUUUCGCACACCUACCCCCAAAGUUACUGGAAAUUUCAUCAAAAUGGGUGCGGUCCAAUUCCAAGUUGGAGCUUCAAAUUGAGGACACAGCACUGUACGAAUGCUUUGCUAUCUGAUAUUUACAGUCGAGAUAAGUUUCCAUCGGUGGGUGCACGAUCAACGGGACCCAUUGUACCUACUCACCUCAUUGAAGUGGUUAAAACUGCUGCUCAGACUGGCGCUCAGGUUGUGAUGGAUGCUGUUAAUAAGCCACGAAAUAUUACAUAUAAAGGAUUAACCGACUUGGUGACUGAGACAGAUAAAAUGAGCGAAGCUGCCAUAUUGGAAGUGGUGAAAAAGAAUUUUGAAGAUCAUCUUAUUCUUGGGGAAGAAGGAGGAAUUAUAGGAGAAGCAGCAUCUGAUUAUCUCUGGUGCAUUGAUCCUUUAGAUGGGACAACAAACUUUGCACAUGGCUAUCCCAGCUUUGCUGUUUCUGUUGGAGUUCUAUAUCGAGGGAAUCCUGCUGCCGCUGCAGUGGUUGAGUUUGUUGGAGGUCCUAUGUGUUGGAAUACCCGCAUUUUCUCUGCAACCGCUGGUGGUGGAGCAUUCUGCAAUGGCCAAAAGAUCCAAGUGAGUGCAACUGAUCAGGUGGAACAAUCCCUUCUAGUGACAGGUUUCGGGUAUGAUCAUGAUGAUGCAUGGGCUACUAACAUAGAGUUAUUCAAAGAAUUUACUGAUGUCAGCCGGGGUGUAAGACGGCUUGGUGCAGCUGCUGUGGACAUGUGUCAUGUAGCUUUGGGAAUUGUAGAAGCUUAUUGGGAAUAUCGUCUAAAGCCAUGGGAUAUGGCUGCUGGUGUUUUGAUGGUUGAGGAAGCUGGUGGCACAGUUUCUCGAAUGGAUGGAGGAAAAUUUUGUGUUUUUGAUAGAUCUGUUUUGGUUUCAAAUGGCAUGACCCAUUCAAAGCUUCUGGAGAGAAUUGGACCUGCAACGGAGAAAUUAAAAAGCAAGGGAAUGGAUUUCUCAUUGUGGUAUAAACCAGAGGGCUACAGGGCAGACAUUUAAGGUGCCCAUAGGAAUUGUUUUCGCUGGUGGACACUACUACAGAUUUUAACAGCAAGAGGAUGGUACUGUUCUUUUUACUUGUUCAUUUGUUUAAAUCUUCCAGUAAUUGUAAUGAAAUACAUUUGAAUUUUUUUUCUUGAUUACAUUACUUUAUAACCGUUCAACUUUAAUGAGCCACAUGAUUUGG